GCCAGCUCGGAGGAAGAGCGCAGCAGCUGUGAGUCCGGGUCCGAAGUCGCCAUGGGGCGAGGCAGCGGCACCUUUGAGCGUCUCCUAGACAAGGCCACCAGCCAACUGCUGCUGGAGACUGACUGGGAGUCCAUCCUGCAGAUCUGUGACCUCAUCCGCCAAGGGGACACGCAGGCAAAGUAUGCCGUGAGCGCCAUCAAAAAGAAGGUCAACGACAAGAACCCACAUGUGGCCCUCUAUGCCCUUGAGGUCAUGGAGUCGGUGGUGAAGAACUGUGGGCAGACCGUCCAUGAUGAGGUGGCCAACAAGCAGACCAUGGAGGAGUUGAAGGAGCUGCUGAAGAGGCAGGUGGAAGUCGGCGUGCGGAACAAGAUCCUGUACCUGAUCCAGGCCUGGGCGCACGCCUUCCGGAAUGAGCCCAAGUACAAAGUGGUACAGGACACCUACCAGAUCAUGAAGGUGGAGGGACAUGUCUUCCCCGAGUUCAAGGAGAGUGACGCCAUGUUUGCUGCCGAGCGGGCUCCCGACUGGGUGGAUGCCGAGGAGUGCCACCGGUGUCGAGUGCAAUUCAACAUGGUGACUCGCAAGCACCACUGCCGGGCCUGUGGGCAGAUCUUCUGCGGCAAGUGCUCUUCCAAGCACUCCACCAUCCCCAAGUUUGGCAUCGAGAAGGAGGUGCGAGUGUGUGAGCCCUGCUAUGAGCAGCUGAACAAGAAAGUGGAGGGAAAAGCCGCCGCCACCACGGAGCUGCCGCCCGAGUACCUGACCAGCCCUCUGUCCCAGCAGUCCCAGCUGCCCCCCAAAAGGGAUGAGACGGCGCUGCAGGAGGAGGAGGAGCUGCAGCUGGCCCUGGCCCUGUCGCAGUCCGAGGCGGAGGAGAAGGAGCGCAUGAGACAGAAGUCCACGUAUACCGCGUACCCCAAGACGGAGCCUGCCCCUGUGGCCUCGUCUGCGCCCCCUGCCAGCAGCCUGUACUCCUCGCCUGUGAAUUCAUCAGCACCCCUGGCUGAAGACAUCGACCCUGAGCUGGCACGGUACCUGAACCGUAACUACUGGGAGAAGAAGCAGGAGGAGGCACGCAGGAGCCCCACGCCGUCGGCACCUGUGCCCCUGGCUGAGCCAGCUGGCCUGCCCCGGGAGGGGCACACGGUCCCUGCCAGCACUGUGGAGAUACCUGCCCCGGAGCCCGACUCUCAGCCCGGAGCGCCUUCUGGGGGCCCCUUCAGUGAGGGUGCCGCCCUGUGCCCGCAGCAGUACCAGAACGGGGCGGCGGAGGAGAACCAUGAGCAGUUCCUCAAGGGGUUGCAGAACGCCGUCAGCACCUUCGUCAACCGCAUGAAGAGCAACCACAUGCGGGGCCGCAGCAUCACCAACGACUCGGCCGUGCUGUCGCUCUUCCAGGCCAUCAACGGCAUGCACCCACAGCUCCUGGAGCUGCUCAACCAGCUGGACGAGCGCCGCCUGUACUACGAGGGGCUGCAGGACAAGCUGGCACAGAUCCGUGAUGCCCGGGGGGCACUCAGUGCCCUGCGUGAGGAGCACCGGGAGAAGCUGCGCCGGGCGGCCGAGGAGGCCGAGCGCCAGCGCCAGAUCCAGCUGGCCCACAAGCUGGAGAUCAUGCGGCAGAAGAAGCAGGAGUACCUGGAGGUGCAGCGGCAGCUGGCCAUCCAGCGCCUGCAGGAACAGGAGAAGGAGCGGCAGCUGCGCCUGGAACAGCAGAAACAGACUGUGCAGAUGCGCGCCCAGAUGCCCGCCUUCCCGCUGCCCUACGCCCAGCUCCAGGCCAUGCCCACAGCGGGAGGUGUGGUGUACCAGCCCUCGGGCCCGACCAGCUUCCCAGGCACCUUCAGCCCGGCAGGCUCCGUGGAAGGAUCUCCCAUGCACACAGUGUACAUGAACCAGCCUGCCCCGGCCGGCGCCCCCUACCCCAGCAUGCCUGGGACCGGAGCAGAUCCCAGCAUGGUGAGCGCCUACAUGUAUCCUGCAGGGCCCACAGGUGGGCAGGCCGUGCCCCCAGCCCAGCCUGGGCCCACUGCCAGCCCAGCCUACUCAUCUUACCAGCCCACCCCCACCCAGGGUUACCAGGCUGUCUCCCAGGCCCCUCAGAGCCUCCCAACCCUGCCCCAGCCACCGCCUGGGACCAUGGGCUAUGUGGGCGGCCAGCCAGUCUCUGUGGGCUACCAGACCUACAGCAUGCAGAACCUCAUGACCACCCUCCCCAGCCAGGACGCGCCUCUGCCCCCCCAGCAGCCCUACCUCUCAGGGCAGCAGCCCGUGUGCCAGCAGAUGGCGCCCACCGGGGGACCCCCACAGCAGCCUCCAGUGCAGGGGCUGCCAGCACAGGGUAGCGAGGCCCAGCUCAUCUCCUUCGACUGACCCCGUGGCCGUGCCAGCCUAACAUCUCGGCUCCGCAGACUGCCUGCACCCAACUUGCUGCUGCCUCUCUCGCUGCCACUGCAGGCGGCUACUCCCUCCUUGUCACCCUGCCAUCACUGCCUCCCAGCCAGGUGCCCAGGGCUGGGCCACAGGGGAGUCCCUGGCAGCAGGUGUAGCCUCUGCCUGGUACAGCCACUACCCUGGGAGGCCUGGCCUCUGGGGAGCUGCCUGUGAAACCCCCCUUGUAAGCCCCUCAAUGCAGCAGGCCGACCCUCCAAGCCCCUGGGAAAGACAGCUCCCAGAGGUGUGUGUGGGGUGGGGUGUCUCCCUGCUCUGCUUCUCCGGCUGCCCUCUCCCCUCCAGUACCCUGUAGACCAAGUGCAACAGGCAUGACGACAAUAAAAAGUACUCCGAG